AUGGAGCCCAAUGACAAAGAAACCCACGGGGACUCUGCAUCGAUGUGGAAGGCCUCCUCUAGGAGGUGUUCCAGUGAUGGUGCUCUGAAGGCUAUGCAAGGGAAUGCCUCUAAACCAGAGAGAGGACACAGUUUUUCUGACUCUGAUGAAAAAACUGCAGCGUUAAAGGCAAAAAUUAGUGAAAAAUAUGCGCAGUUAGAUAAGGAAAUGGCAGCUAAAGCUUCCGCUAAUGGUCUUACCUUAAAUGGAUAUUCUCCGCCUUCAGAAGCUGUUUUGCAGUUAAAUGACAAAACCGUCGCCCUUCUAUCUCCAGAUCCUAGAAUGAUUCCACCUGAAGACACUUGUGUUUUUACAAGUGGUGGUCCUGCUGGUGUUUUGUGUGAACUCAAAGCUACGGAUGAUCCUUUACCUGGACGAAAUUCAUUGAUGGCUGAGGUGAAGGAGCUCGCAUACUCCCGUCUUCAGCAAGAACUUCAUAAAGCACAGUUGGAAUUGAAACUAAAAGACGAAGAGGUUGCAAGACUGAGUCAAAUUAGAGAUGAAGUUGGCGCUGAGCUGGAAGAAUUAACUGCUAGUUUAUUUGAAGAAGCAAAUAAUAUGGUGAGAGAUGCAAAUGUGAAACAAGCUUAUGCUGAAAAACUACUGAAAGAGGCCAAUUUAAAGAUUGAAGUUCUGCAGGCAGAAGUACAAGCUUUAAAAACACUAGUUAUCACUUCAACUCCAAGUAUGCCCAACCCUCAUUUGCAUCCGCAGAUAGACAAACGCCAUAAUGGAGUCAGGGCUUUGUUUACUCCAGGGCAUAAACGAUCUCCUAGCAAUUAUGAACUCUGUUCGUACAAAGACUCGCCUCCUGGGUCUCCAACUAAAGAAGCUCAACUUUCAGACUUUAUUCCAGAUAACUAUGAAGUUGAUCCAGUAUUUCAUCAGGAAUUUUUAGAAUGGCAUCAAAACCCGGUGUUUGACAAGAAGAACUCUUUUCUUCAAGAUGUAUAUAAUGAAGAUAUCCUUCCAUGCUUGCAUUUUACAAAUACUAAGUUGUCAGAAGCUGUGCUUUCAGCUAUAGAGGAAAAUGCCAUAACUAUUGAAUUAGUAAACGGGAAGAAUCCAUUUCCAAAGAAAUGCUCAUUAUUGGAAGCACCAAGGCUCUGCAAGUAUCGAAUGAAAUUAAAAGAUGAUCCAGAGUGGUACUACAUAUCACAGUUGUGCCGAAAUAGAAUAGCUGCAGUUUGUGAUUUCUUUUGCUACAUUAGGUACAUCCAGCAAGGUCUUGUUAAAAGCGGAAUUCAAGAAAUUUAUUGGGAAGUUGUUAGAAAACGGCGAGAUGUGUGCUUGGCCCGACUGGGAAUACUGCUUUUGUAA